CCAUUUAUUUUUAUUUUUUUCUUUUGCAUUAUGAUCUCCGACUGGCUGGGUGUUCAACUCACUGAGUGCUUAAUUUUCUUUCUAUGUUUUGUAUUCAUGGGCUGCUCAGGCUAUGAAAACUGUAAACAUACUGACAAAAGAAUGCUCACAAUUUUCUAUAAAACAAAAUUUAGGAGCCACGACGGUGCGAUGAAUCAAUGUUUCAUAAGGAGCUCCUAGUCUCAUAGAUCAAUCAAUCUCGCAGUGCAGAAAUAUUUUGAAUUUAACCGAGUCAGCAAAGCAGUUAGUCUAAAAAGUUUUCUGAUUUUCUUCACCACAGUUUCCUCGGCUGCUAUAAAACAAGUUUAUCUUAUCCACGAAAUGGAUGGCUCUAAAACCAUUGGUCUUCAUACAAUUUCCUAAAGACUCGGGGACGGAAAAGACAAUUCCAGAAGAGCCAACAAACCGAAAGUGGCACCAUUCUGAUAUUCAGAAUUUUGGUUACCACCAUAAUACUAAGCUCAGCAAUGGCAGCGACAUCUUCUUACAUGGCUUCUACAAAAUUCUCUAUGUUAGGAUGGCUUGGAGGAAAAGGAGAACUAGGAAAAAAAAGGGUACUCUGCAUUUCAGCUCAACAGCAAGCUGAAGUUCAAGAAACACAAGAAGUCAAUGCACAAGAGGAACAAGAACCAAAACAAGAGAACGUGAAGCAACCAACACAACCUAGGCCAGUAGAAAAGCAAGUGAAUGUGAAGAGCAAGAACUUGACCAGAGAAUAUGGAGGUCAGUGGCUCAGCAGUGUCACGCGGCACGUGAGGAUCUAUGCUGCUUAUAUUGAUCCUGAAACCUGGGAGUUUGAUCAAACCCAGAUGGAUAAGCUUACCCUUCUCCUUGAUCCUACAAAUGAGUUCUUGUGGACAGAUGAAACUUGCUAUAAGGUCUACUCUUACUUCCAGGAGCUUGUGGAUCAUUACGAGGGUGCUCCAUUGACAGAGUACACGCUUCGACUGAUUGGUUCAGACAUAGAGCAUUAUAUAAGAAAGCUGCUAUAUGAUGGAGAAAUCAAAUAUAACAUGAACGCAAACGUCUUGAACUUCAGCAUGGGGAAGCCACGCAUUAUGUUUAAUAACGAUGAUGAGCUUCAAGAUGCACAAUGAGCAAGAUUCAGAUAACAUGGCUGACAAAAUAUAGACAAAGAUAUGGUUGUGAUAUGAUCUGGUUAGAUACAGUUUCUCUAAACGGCCUCUUCCCCAACAUUCAAAAAGUUGCAUCAUGCAGCUUCAGCAACAAAAUUUAGCUCUUCUGCGGUGACACCUUUUACACCUGAUGCCAAUAGUUCAAACACAAUCUUGUAUCUGCCGGAAUAUUCCCUAGAUUAUAUUUACGAUCAUCAGAUUCUAUGA